AUGAACGUGUCAUCUGCAAAUGUGACAAGUACAUCAUACCGAGACUCUCCGUCCAAAGCUGUGAUCAAGAAUGUGAUUGUUGUGGCUCUGGGGAUCUCCAUCAUCUACAUCAAUUCAAGCCUCAUUCACAUCUUCAGAAAACAUCAGAUAUUCUACACGAAGCCUCGGUACAUCCUCUUCAUCCACCUGGUGAUCAACGACAUGAUCCAGCUGACGAUGACAGCCAUCCUCUUCCUUCUCAGCUACAUCGUCAACAAAAUAAAUGUCUCCAGCUGUUGUGUAUUAAUACUGAUUGCACUUUUCACUACAGAAAACACUCCUCUGAACCUGGCUUGCAUGGCGGUGGAGCGCUACAUUGCCAUCUGUGUUCCCCUUCGUCACACUCAGAUUUGUACAAUCAAAAGAACACUCGUGCUUAUUGCCUUAAUCUGGUUAAGAAGCUUGUGUUCUGUUCUUCCUGAUCUCUUCGUCACCUUGGCCACUGAAUCUCUGAGUUUUUUUAAAUCCCAAGUGUUUUGUCUCAGGGAGACCGUCUUCCCAAAUCAUCACUUGACCAAGAAGCGGGACUACAGUCAUAUAGUGUAUCUAAUAAUUAUUUCUUUGACAAUUGCUUACACUUACUUCAGGAUUAUGUUCACUGCAAAGGCAGCUGACAAAGAUACUAAGAAGGCCAGAAACACAAUCCUCCUCCACGGCGUUCAGCUUGUGUUGUGUAUGGGUGCAUAUGUCACGUCUGCACUGAGCAAUGCUGUGCGACAGUGGUUUCCCAAAAGCUUUGCGGACUCCCUCUUUGCUGGCUACAUUAUUGUGCAGAUUUUGCCACGAUCCAUCAGUCCAAUAAUCUACGGUCUCAGAGACAGUACUCUCAGGAGGUACCUCAGAAAGCAUUUUGUGUGUUUAAGGAGCACAUAG